UAGUGGAGGUGACGUAUAAGAAUUGGAAGUCUAUCUCUAAUUAUAGCUUAUAUAAACUAACACUAUACAUGGUUUGCAGACCCACAAGAGUAACAUAAUAUUUGAGAUAGAGAGAGAGAGGCUAAUUAAUCAUACAUGGCCGCUCUCAUUUCCUCUUCCUUCUUCCUUACCUAUUUCCUCUUAUCUCUAUGUCUUGCUUGGUCUUUGGAUGGAAAAGCCACCACUGCGGCGAAGAGCCACAAAACUCAUCAAACUCAUCAUACUCUUCAACUCAGCUCUCUACUUCCAGCAACCAUCUGCACUCCCGCCACCAAAGAGGAUAAUUACAACGAAGGAUUAUUGAAAGUGGUCCAUAAAAACGGUCCGUGCGCUCGACUCCACCAACAAGACCAAGCCACUGGGUCACCAACUGACGACCAAUUACUCGAACAAGACCAAUCCCGAGUCGACUCGAUCCACUACCGUCUUUCCAACAAACUAAGCCCCCACAAUGUACAACAGACGGACGGCACCACUCUCCCGGCGAAGUCAGGCUCCGUCGUCGGCUCCGGCAACUACAUUGUGACCGUGGGUCUGGGCACACCAAAACGGGACUUAUCUCUCAUAUUUGACACCGGCAGCGAUCUCACUUGGACCCAAUGCCAGCCGUGUGCCCGCUCUUGCUAUUCCCAAAAAGAAACAAUCUUUGACCCUUCCAAAUCUUCCUCAUACGCCAACGUUUCAUGUACCUCCUCCAGCUGCUCUGACCUCACUUCUGCCACAGGAAACACACCGGGAUGUGCUUCGGGUUCGUCCACGUGUUUAUACGGAAUACAGUACGGUGACCAGUCUUUCUCCGUGGGAUACUUUAGCAAAGAAAGGAUCACGUUAACGCGGUCCGAUGUGUUCGACGGUUUCCUCUUCGGAUGCGGACAGAACAACCGAGGCCUUUUCGGCGGAGCCGCUGGAUUGCUGGGCUUGGGCCGGAACAAGAUUUCAUUCGUCCAACAAACGGCCCAGAAAUACAAUCGCGUGUUCUCCUACUGCCUACCCUCCGUCUCCAGCGCUACAGGAUACUUGUCCUUCGGUUCUGGCGGCAAAGUAUCCUCAUCUUUAAAAUACACACCUCUGUCCACGAUUUCGCUCGGCGAUUCGUUUUACGCCCUCAAUUUGGUCGGAAUCAGUGUUGCCGGAACUAAACUCUCGAUCCCUCCUUCGGUUUUCACAUCCUCCGGCACAAUUAUCGAUUCCGGAACCGUCAUAUCGCGUCUGCCGGCUACGGCGUACAGCGCCUUGAGAUCGGCGUUCCGGCAACAAAUGACCGGAUAUCCAUCUGCGGCGGCGGUGUCGAUACUGGACACGUGCUAUGAUCUUAGCAGUUAUUCGUCGGCUAGGAUUCCGAAAAUAAGCUUCUUCUUCGGGGGUGGCACUGUGGUGGAGCUGGACCCACAAGGUAUACUGUACGUGGUCCGUAGUACACAAGUUUGUUUGGCAUUUGCAGGGAACAGCGACGAUAGUAGCGUGACGAUCUUUGGGAAUACCCAGCAGAAAAGGUUGCAGGUGGUGUAUGAUAUUGGGGGAGGCAGAAUUGGGUUUGGCCCUGCCAGUUGCAGCUAAAGCCAAUCCCUUUAAACAUAAAAAUCUUCCAAUUAUAACAAAAUGUUGUUGUACCAUUGGAAAUUAAUCAAUUGGGAAAAUUAUUAAUUUUACAAUAUAAAUUGAAAGGGCAAAAAAAAAAAAAAAAAAAUGAAGAUCAUCAAUAAUUAUAUACGUUUUGCAGCCAAAGAAAGCAUGCAAAAUGUAUAUAAAUAAUAUUAUUAGUUGUACUUUAAGUAAGUUUGCUGUUGUUUUCAUGGAAAACGAAAAUGGAAUUGCCUUGUGGGAGAAGAUUUUCAUUUGAUGCUUUAAUUUGCCUCCAUGUAAGUGUAAACAUGUAAGCUUUCAAUUUCUACCAAAAAGAAUAUUAGCUUUUCAAUUUCUGUUCA